AAUAUGAGUUUAUAAACACUAGAUGCCUGAGAAAUAUUGUUGUUGGGUACUGUAUAAUGCGAUGAUCUGGCAACUACCGAAAGAAAAAUAAUGAUGAGAUUGCAUAUCUAAGUCUUGGGAAUGAAACAAGUCGCGAGUAUGGCUUUCAGAUCGCAGCUUAAUUGUCGCAUUCAGUGGAAGCAGAUUUUUGGCUAUAAACCUGUGUCUGUAAAAAUAAAAGAUGGCUUCUGGCCAAGCAGUGAAGUUGUUUGUGUACGAUCUCACAAAAGGCCUGGCAAGUCAGCUGGCCCCUAUGAUUAUUGGGCGACCUCUGGACGGAAUAUGGCACACAUCAAUAGUGUGUUAUAAUCAAGAAUUUUUCUUCGGUGGCAUGGGAAUAGAAAGUUGUCCGCCAUGUGGAACUAUACUAGGUUCUCCAGAUAAGCAAGUUCAUUUGGGUUCAACUGAAGUACCAUCAGAAAUGUUCUAUGAGUAUCUUUCACAGCUUGGUUCAGAUACUUUCAAACCACAGAAAUAUGAACUGUUCCAUCAUAACUGCAAUAAUUUUUCAUCGGAAGUUGCCCAGUUCUUAACAGGAAAAGAUAUCCCAUCAUACAUAACAGAUUUACCAGGAGAAAUUCUUUCAACUCCAAUGGGACAGAUGAUAAAAAAUAUGCUCGAAAACACUCAAGUUUCUCCAGGAGCUGGACAAACUACUCGACAUUUUUAGAAUUUUUUAAUAUCAGUAUUGGAAUAUUCUUAACUAGUUUGUAAUUCAAGACAAAGGGACAAAUGUUAAAAUAAAUCUAUUUGAAAAAAUAGGUGGUCUUUGAGGUGGUAUCUCAUUAUAGUUUAAAGCAAUAUUUUCCAUUAAUUCCAUAAAAAGUUGCAGGAAUUUAAGUGAGAUUCCUCAUUUCACCCUUUUGGGUUGAAAUUCUUGAUUAGUGUUGAAAGUGCACAACCUGUUAUCCAAGAACUGGAGUAUUGCGGUCUAUGGAUUGCACAACUUGUCUUGAUUGUGUUUGUGCUCAGUUGUAAAAUUGCAGAUACACAUGAUUCACUCAAGUGCUGGUAUCUAUCGCAUGAAACUGUAGUAUUACUGUUAUUUCCUCUAACUUGCAUAGUAUUAUUUUAAUAUCUUCAUUAUUAUUGAUCUUAUAUAUUUGUUUGGCAAUAAAUGUAUUUAUUGUUUGCA